AUGGUUUUUGAAACUGUUAUGGGGAAAUCUCGAGAUGAAGCUCUUGCCUUAGCUGAGAGGAUGAACGUUCGGUUGACAUCUGAUGAGAAAGAUUAUCAGCCGAAGCAACUCCUCAAGACCAUUAUGCACAAAUGGAUGCCCGCGGGGGAAUCGCUUCUGGAGAUGAUAUGUGUCCAUUUGCCCAGUCCUGUGACUUCGCAGAGGUAUCGCGUUGACCUACUUUAUGAAGGCCCUGCUGAUGAUGAAGUUUCUGUGGCAAUGAAAAAUUGUGAUCCUAAUGGCCCCCUAAUGAUGUAUAUCAGCAAGAUGGUACCUACCUCGGAUAAAGGGCGAUUCUAUGCCUUUGGUAGGGUAUUUUCCGGAUCUGUUGCCACUGGCCAAAAAGUAAGAAUUAUGGGCCCAAACUACGUCCCUGGAAAACGCGAAGAACUUUAUGAGAAGACGAUUCAGCGAACUAUCCUCAUGAUGGGCAGAUUUACCGAAGCUAUUGAGGAUGUUCCCUGUGGAAAUAUAUGCGGUCUUGUCGGCAUUGACCAAUAUCUUGUAAAAACCGGAACAAUAACCACAUUUGCCGGGGCACAUAAUAUGAAGCAGAUGAAGUUUAGUGUGAGCCCUGUCGUCAGAGUUGCUGUUGAAUGCAAGAACCCUGCUGAUCUACCCAAACUCGUCGAAGGCCUUAAGCGACUAGCAAAGAGUGAUCCUAUGGUCCAAAUAACCAACGAGGAGUCAGGCGAGCACAUAAUUGCUGGUGCAGGAGAAUUACACCUCGAAAUUUGCCUUAAAGAUCUGGAGGAGGAUCACGCCGGUAUACCAAUAAAAAAAUCUGAUCCUGUUGUUUCGUAUAGAGAAACAGUUACGGCCAAGUCGAACCAAGUUUGCCUUUCGAAAUCUCCUAACAAACACAAUCGGCUAUACAUGACGGCUGAGCCGAUGAGUGAGGAAGUAUGCAAAGCCAUUGAUGAUGGCAAAGUCAGCGCAAAGCAGGACUUCAAGGAGCGUGGACGAGUUUUAGCAGACGAGUUCGGUUGGGAUGUCCAAGAAGCCCGCCGAAUAUGGUGUUUUGGACCUGAAAGCACUGGCCCUAAUUGCGUCGUAGACGUCACUAAAGGAGUCCAAUACCUCAAUGAAAUCAAGGACUCUGUCGUUGGUGCUUUCCAAUGGGCUACAAAGGAGGGGGUUCUAUGUGAAGAGAAUAUGCGUGGUGUCAGAUUUAACCUAGAGGAUGUGACCUUACAUGCUGAUGCUAUCCAUCGAGGAGCCGGGCAAAUCAUGCCUACAGCCCGCAGGUGCUUUUUGGCUUGUAUACUUACUGCUCAACCGGGACUUCUUGAACCAGUGUACCAAUGUGAAAUCCAGGCUCCAGAAACUGCGCUCGGUGGCAUCUACAGCACUCUUAACAAAAAACGUGGGAUAAUUUUCAGUGAGGAGAAUCAAUCUGGUACCCCAAUGUAUGUCGUUAGAGCAUAUCUACCUGUUAACGAAUCCUUCGGUUUCACCACUGACCUUAGAGCUAAUACCAGUGGCCAAGCCUUCCCCCAGUGUGUGUUCGAUCACUGGCAAAUAUAUCCUGGUAACCCAAUGGAUGAAAAGUCCAACCCUGGCAAGGUCGUGAUUGAUACGAGGAAACGGAAAGGUCUGAAACAGACUAUUCCUGCCCUCGAUGAUUUCCUGGAUAAAUUGUAG